GUGCCUGCUCCCUCCUCUCCCCUCCCCUGCCCUCGCUUCUCCUCCCACUCCACGCUCCUCGCUCUGAGAUCAAGCCUCUCUUCCCCUCUCCGAGCCUGCACUUCAGUCAACAUGGCCACACUUGUAACCUCCACCAGGUUCACAGACGAGUAUCAGCUGUACGAGGAACUCGGAAAGGGGGCCUUCUCCGUCGUCCGCCGCUGCGUCAAGAAAUCCACCGGACAGGAGUAUGCUGCUAAAAUCAUCAACACCAAAAAGCUCUCCGCCAGAGAUCAUCAGAAACUGGACCGAGAGGCCAGGAUCUGUCGAAUGCUCAAACAUCCAAACAUAGUACGACUCCAUGAGAGCAUUUCAGAGGAAGGCUUCCAUUACCUCGUCUUUGACCUGGUAACCGGAGGAGAGCUGUUUGAGGACAUCGUUGCGAGAGAGUACUACAGCGAGGCGGAUGCCAGCCACUGCAUCAAUCAGAUCCUGGAGAGCAUCAGUCACAUCCACCAGCACGAUAUCGUCCACAGAGACCUCAAGCCAGAAAACCUUCUCCUCGCCAGUAAGAUGAAGGGAGCAGCGGUGAAGCUCGCGGAUUUCGGACUUGCCAUCGAGGUGCAGGGGGACCAGCAGGCGUGGUUCGGUUUCGCUGGAACUCCAGGAUAUUUGUCGCCCGAGGUGUUGAGAAAGGACCCCUACGGCAAGCCGGUGGACAUCUGGGCAUGUGGUGUGAUCCUCUACAUCUUGCUAGUGGGAUACCCUCCAUUUUGGGAUGAGGACCAACACAAACUGUAUCAACAGAUCAAAGCUGGCGCCUAUGAUUUUCCGUCCCCAGAGUGGGACACGGUGACCCCCGAGGCCAAGAAUCUGAUCAAUCAGAUGUUGACCAUUAACCCUGCCAAAAGAAUCACUGCUGACCAGGCGCUCAAGCAUCCCUGGGUCUGCCAACGCUCCACUGUUGCCUCCAUGAUGCAUCGUCAAGAAACUGUCGAGUGUCUGCGCAAGUUCAACGCCAGGAGAAAACUUAAGGGAGCUAUUCUCACAACAAUGCUGGUGUCCAGGAACUUUUCAGUGGGACGGCAGCACACCAGCCCUGCCGCCACCACCAGCACGGCAGCAAUGGCUCAGGAAGCGUGCAAAACCUUGCUAAACAAAAAGUCGGACGGCGUGAAGUCGCAGGGAAACAGUAAAAACAGUGUAGUAAGCAGCAGCAGCACCAAAGACAGCAGCAUGUCAUCCUCCGCGCCAAUGGAAGCCCAGGCAACUGUUGUACACAACCCAGCAGACGGCACCAAGGGCUCCACAGAGAGCUGUAAUAACGCAGAAGAGGAGGAGAUGAAAGGUAGGAAAGCUCGGAAACAAGAGAUAAUAAAGAUGACAGAGCAGCUAAUCGAAGCCAUCAACAAUGGGGAUUUUGACGCUUACACGAGAAUCUGUGAUCCUGGACUGACUUCUUUUGAGCCAGAAGCUCUUGGAAACCUGGUGGAGGGCAUGGACUUUCACAAAUUCUACUUUGAGAAUCUUCUGAGUAAAAACAGCAAACCGCUCCACACCACCAUCCUCAACCCCCACGUGCAUCUGAUCGGCGAGGACGCCGCCUGCAUCGCCUACAUCCGCCUGACUCAGUACAUGGACGGCCAGGGGCGCCCUCGAUCCUGCCAAUCGGAAGAGACCCGCGUGUGGCAUCGACGCGACUCCAAGUGGCUCAACGUCCACUUCCACUGUUCAGGAGCGCCGGCUGCACCGCUGCAGUGAACGGACAACCCAGGCCCAGGUUUGCCUGAACUCGAAAUCUACUUUUCUCUCCGAGGUCGGAGUGGAGCCUGGAUCCUGGCUGGGGACGAGGCUGCAUGGGAUACUCAAAAGUGGGGAAAAUAUUACAAUCUUUAAAAAGGAAAAAAAAGCAACGACAACAAAAAAAAACAUGUUUAAAAAAAAAAAAAGUUUCAAAAGCUUGAACGACCAACACCAAUCCAGUCCAUCCCUUACUAGAUGAUGACGAUGAUGAUGAUGACGACGAGUGGCUCAGCUGUUGGGGGCCCUGCCUUGCAGAUGGUGCAUGCUACUGACGGCUACACAGGGGUGAUGCUGUCCUGGUCCUUGUUCUCCCCUCCCCUUGUCUCGGAUUUGAGUGUUAGAAAUAUAAAUAUUCAUCACCACUUCGAAAGAUUUCCUGGGGCAGCGGGAAUAUUUGGAAUGAUGUGAUCACUUUGGGCCAAAGCAGAGCAGCUAAGUGUUUAAUGCAAAUAUUGUUUGUGUUUGAGUUGACUGGUAUAUGGAUGUGCUGGUAAGGUUCAAUAGGAGUCAGGUUUUAACCCCUGCAGUGUUUUAACUCCUUAUGUUACCGAAGGGACCUUUUUAGUUUUUUUGGGGGGGGGGUUUAAUAUAUGCUGAGAGCUUUGUGUUACUUCCUAGUUGAGGGUUAAUUUUUUUAAAAUUCUGAGUUGACUUUUUUUUUUUUUUAAGAAAAAUGGGUUUUAUUUAAUAGAACUGUCUAUAAAGAGAUAUUUAUAUUGAGGAAUCUAGGGAAAAUUAUUUGCUUUGUGGUUGUAGGAAGGAAACUUAUGCAGGCAAUUUUUUUUAAUUAUUUUUUUUAUUUUAAAUUCAAGCUGUAAAUACAAAAAUAUCGCCACACAACAUGCAUGGACACACACACACGCUCACAAUCCCCUCCCCCUGCUCUUUUAAGGUCAAGCUUUUUAGAUGCGUCGUCCGAGGGCCGGCUAGUCCUGAAGUUGCAGAAGGACUCCCCCAUUUGUUUGGUCUGCAAUGAUUCAAUCCAAACACAAGGUGGCAGCGUUGGUAAAAAUCUGAACCAUGCCUUAUUAAAAUGUCCAAAUCUGAACGUCAAGUCGGCGUCUUGGACGCUCUCUUGAUUUCACGUUUGUGUGUUUUUAAAGGUAAAGCAUGAUUUCUCCAACUAGCCAUUGGCCUGUACUGUUUCUCAUUGUUUGUUUGCACACUUAAAGACUCGAUGCUGUUGCUCUUCCGAAGGAGUGAGCCUUUCUGCAACUCCAGUUUACGCUUGCCAAAAUAAAUAAAUAAAGAAAUCUCGCCGCCUCACUCUACCUCUGCCCUCUCUUCUCCCAUCGUUGACCUUCACCAAGCGGUCCCGUUGCCGUCGUAACGUGACGGAGACGAAUCCGUCUCGUUUUUUUUGUUUGUUUGUUUGUUUGUUUUGUUUUUGGUCGACGUCUAAACUUUAUGUUGUCGGUCUUGGCUCGCCGUACUUCGGUGUGAGGUCCUGCUAAUGUAAAACAGGUUGCAGCAGAGGGAUUUGAUGGGAAGAGGGCUACAAUCAGGACCUACACUGACACCAAUCAGUGGGAUCUGGAGUUUUUAAUUUUUAUUUUUUUGAAAUCAGUCUCUGUUCUAAAUGUUGUGGUGAUAAACGUUUCGAUGUUUGCAUUUCAAUGUUUCUAGGUUGAAAAUAAAAAAAAACAAAGGAGCAGGUGACUUUUUAAACGAUACGGAAAAAACCGUCAUAUGAACUGUUGUCUCCGGUCUGAAUCACAGCAUGACAGAAGCACACGAGAUCAAAGACUCCCUCUUCGGGGGAGGGAAAAAAGGACAAGAACGCACACGCGUGGGUGUCUGUGUUCGUUCCACGGUGUCAUCCGAACUUUGUGUGACUCUGUACCAGCAAAUGAGCAAGGCUUGUUGAGUGUCUGUCCUGCGCCAGGCUGCUCCAUGGUAACUCGCGCGCUAUAAAUCAGCUGACGCUUCUGACCACGACGUCGUGCGUGCGUGCAUGUGCGUGUGUGUGGUCGAGCGAACUUUUAAGAAAAGAAAACUAUCUGUGAGCCUCGUCUUGUUGUACAAACUGCCUGUGCUUCUUUUCGAUCGACGUAUCCGAGAUGCCAUGAAGACUUGCGUCCACUCCACCACGCUUUGUAAAUCUGAAUCUGUGAUGUUUUUUUUUUUUUUUUGUGCUGUGGGCACCGGCCUGGUUGUGUGUUGAUGCCACCAAUCUAAAAGUGUAUUUUUUUAUUUUGAUAAUAAUCGUAUGUGGGUGAAUUCCCAUGCACCAAUGGGAAGAUUGAAAUGAGGGGGAUGGGAGGGGUAAUAAAAAUAAAGAAGGUUCAAGCACAUUUAAGAGGCUAGCUUUAGAGUUAAGGGGUGUACUAUGAAGCAAAAACCAAUGCAUUUGAAAACUGAGCGUAAUGCAACUUCAAGGUCAUCACAUUCACGUGUACAGGUUUUGGAUUAAAGUUAUGUUUUAACCAGCUAAUAAGUAAAAGUCACAUUUAAAUAUUAGACCAUGUUGAGUAUGUAUACAAUUUGUGAUGGUAAAUUACAAAUGUCACAGUCGGGGCAGAGCUUACGACAAAUGUUUAUUUUAGCUGAUAUUUUAAUCCUUUAGAACAAAAUAUUCUAAGCGGUUAAAUAGAACUGAUUUAGUAAAUCGUAGCUGUGCUGAGGAACUUCAGAAGAGAUUGUUCAUUAACAGCUGUAGAUUCAUAUACAUCCAUCAAACAAAGCUGAGCGGUGGCGGUUACAUGCUGUAGUUUCAUCUUUAGUUGCUGAUGUGAUUUUUUUUUUUCUUUUCUUUUCAAUAAAAGGCAGAAAUAUCCUUUAAAAUUUACUCUGGUCAGACUUGUAGCUCACAACGAUUAAAUUGAUUUUAAUAAAUUAAGAAACUUGACAAAACAAAUGAAAAUGUUGCCAAGUGAUGGCUUUACCUUAAAUUCAAUGACGCUGUGGUUAAAUUUAUUUUAUUUUUUCUUAGAUGUUUUGUCCCCCCUUAUUUUUUUUAUUUUUGCAUUUAUAAAUAAAAAUGGACUGAAAUGUAAUGUUUAACCAUUUCUGAGCAAUGAGGCUACUUGCUCUAAAACAUUUGCCUUUCACUGUCCAUUUGCUGAUUGUACAGUUAAAACGGCACAAGAAAGAGUCCGUUUACACUAAUGCAAACUUUUAAGGAACAUAGAAGUUCUUCUGGUUUUAAAACGAUCACGACAAACAUGAAUUUAACAAAAGUUGACAGUUGUGGAUGCCCUUAUCGUCAACAGUCGACAGAUGGAUGGUUGGUUUUUGUCUUUUGUUUCACUGAAUUUUCAGUUUUCUGACUUUUUGUCCCUUUCAGGUAGGUUCAGAUUUUCUGUCAAAAAUAUUGAUGCCUCAGUCAGUGCUUAAACCCGAAACUGAAUAUCUCAGCAUUAGGAAACAUUUGUUGGUCUUUUCCUGUCAGUUGAAACAGUCUGGCUGAACGAAACCUGCUUCGUAGUACAUCGCUUGAACCAGUUUAAGGUGAGAAACCAUUUGUCAAAGUAUUUAGAACAACCUUAGUGUUUUACUAAUUUCAACUCGACAUUGUUGAAAUGACUAAAUUCAAAUCCCCAGUAGUUCAAAAGUCUUAGGAAAACUUUCUUUCCUUUUUUUGGCACAUGUAAGGUCACUACUACAAACUAAAUUAACAAGUUUAUUCCUUAAUCUUUAAUUACACAGAUGAUUUACUGUUCAGAAAACAAAAGCGGCAUUUACCUUUUGAGUUUCCCCUCUACUGAUUUUAUGCAAGUCUGGGAGGGAAAACAAGACAACGUAUCUAACACACAAAAAGAUUAUAUAAUGUCAAAGCACAAAAAUCAAAUUGAAAGCUUGAUUCAAUUCAGGGCAAGAUGGUGAAAGUGCACCCGACA